AACGAAAACAGUGGCUUCUUCCAUAUCGAUUCAAGGAGGCUCCCGGAUCGGCUGAAGAUUCAUGUCGCAGCUGGUGAUCGCGUUGACAAAGAGAGACAUCUUGGCUUUUUGACUUUGUGCAAUUUAACCAUAUUUUACAGUAGAAAUAUAAAAUCUGCAAACGGAAAUUCGUAUAUUGAUCUUAAAACAAGAAAUAUUUUCACGAGUGAAAAGAUAUAUUUGGAAGAGAUUAAAAAUUAAAGAAGAGAUGCAGAUCAAGGAUAAAAGAGUUAUAGUGACCGGAGCUGCAAGUGGUGUGGGUCUGGCAUUUAGCAGGGAACUGUUACGAAAUGGCGCUUUAAUGAUUGUUAUGAUUGAUAUACAGCAAUCCCUUGGAGAACAAGCUGUAGAGAGUUUAAAUAAUGAAUUUGGUCGAAAACGUGCCGUAUUUCUCCAUUGUGACGUGGCGAAUAGUUCCGAAUUUGAUGCGACAUUCAAAGAGGCGAUUAAUAUUCUCGGCGGGCUGGAAAUUUUAAUAAAUAAUGUAGGCAUAAUAAAUGAAACUGAUUUCUCUAAAGCUAUCGAUGUUAAUGUGACAGCUGUGGUUCGUGGAACUCUUUUGGGGAUUCAACAAAUGCAGAAAGAUUCCGGAGGCAAGGGUGGUGUUAUCGUAAAUAUUUCGUCUAUUGCCGGAUUACAAGCGAUACCCCAACUUCCGGUGUAUUCUGCUACGAAGCACGCCGUAGUUAGUUUCAGCCGUUCUUUUGCACAACCCUAUCAUUACAAGAGGACUAAUGUAAAAGUGAUCGUUCUAUGUCCUGGUUUGACCGAUGCACCAGUCCUAGAAAGUUUACCCGAAGGUAUUUCGGAAACUGAUAUUAUGCACAAUCGGCCUCAGAGAGUGGAAAGCGUAGCUCACGGAUUAGUAUAUAUAAUUCGAUGCGCACAGAACGGCAGUGUGUGGAUCAGCGAGGAUGAAAAGCCGGUUUACGAAGUGCAACUACCCGAUACUUUGCCACAGAAGAAAAUCGAAGUCGACACAGAAGAUUGGCAUGAGAUCAAUUCACGCCGGAAAUCGGCCAUGUCUAUUUUUCAAAUAUCCAAAGCGGUUUCAUUUAUGGAGAAUAAAAUAGAUCCGAGUCUAAGAUCGCUCCGCCGUCGUUCUUCGGCGUCCGAAAGAGCAAAAGAGAUAGAAGCGAUCAAUUGCAUCGUUUCUGGAAAAAAUGUUCUAAUAACUGGCGGUGCGGCAGGAUUGGGCUAUGCCUUUCUUAAUCAUUUUUUGAAACACGGAGCAAACAAAAUAAUCAUAUUGGACAUUGAUGCUGAAAGUGGUAAACGAAUCGCACUCGGCAUCGCAAAAUCUUAUGGUGAGAAGAAGGUGCACUUCAUACACACCGACAUAUCUAAUCACAAGCAAGUUACUGAGGCUUUCAAAGAAGCGUCAUCGCUGUUGGGGAACAUUGACAUCGUGAUAAAUAACGCUGGAGUUUUAGACGAGCGAAGAUGGGAAAAGGAAAUCGCGGUGAACAUUGGUGGUAUGAUGAGCACCGCGAUGCUAGCCAUGAAAUAUAUGAGCAGAGAUACAGGUGGUCAUGGUGGUAUCUUGGUGAACGUGAGCCAGCAUGUGGAUAUUCGAAAUACAGCUCAACUUCCGGUUUACACUGCCACGAAACACGCCGUCAUCGGUCUAUCGCAGUCUCUUUCGGAUCCUUAUCAUUAUGAGAAGACUGGCGUUACCGUGAUAACUCUGUGCCCAGGACUGACGGAAACCGCCCUGACAGUAGAUAGCCCCAAUAAACUUCUCUCCAGAGUUAUGAAGGCAGAUUUCGUCAAAAAUCUUGAACAGUUCUCGAUACAAACGCCUUACGUAGUCGCGCAGGGUUUAAUGACGAUCUUGAGGAUCGGCGAGUGCGGUAGUAUUUGGGUUAUCGAGAGCGGCAGAGCGCCUUACGAAGUUUACGUGCCAAAUCCUCACACUCUGCGCCGUUACUACAAGAAUAACUUCCCACAUGUCGACACUAAGGUCGUGGGAGGUCGCACGAUAAGAGAAGUCUGCGACAGCACGAGGACAGGACUGUUGAGCUGUGCCUGAUAACCGGCGAGCGCCCGACCGUGAUCUCUCUCGCUCUCUACUCGCUCUUAGCGUCCAAAAUCCUUCUUCAAUCCGCGUGGCGAACUAGAAACUUCGUGAAGAUAUUUCGUGAAGAUAUGCGUAAAUCAGUGCAACCGGAAGUGCACGGAAGUACGGACAAAAAUCAGAGCAAUACGUGGAAAAAAGGCGUCCUUGAGAUUCCUCGUAGAUGAUUUUACAUUACAAAAUCUUACGCAUAUUUCUUUUGCCACUCCGAUCUUUUGCCGCUGCGCUGGUUCACAUUUCCAUCGUAAUUUCCUUACACAUACGUGUUCAAUUUCUAUUUCUUUUUUUUUUAAUCAAAACAUCAGAUUGUAUGAAGAUGCCUGUGAUAGAGAAUAAUUUUAAAUAAUAAACGCUUUAAAAAGAACAA